AUAUAUGGCUCAUUGAAUUUGUUUCAUAGAAUUUUAAGAAUAUAAACAAAAAAUAAAGAAUUUUCCAUCCACAAAUCUGUGAUAUUUUCUCUUCUUGUCCAUCCUUAUCUGUUCUACUUAUGCCGUCAUCAUCAUUAUUAUCAUCACACAGUAUUGUUCAAGUGUUGUCCGUUUUCAACUAGAAAAAAAAGUUUUUUUUUUCACGAAGAAUUUCGAUUUAUCCAGUCAAUAUAUAUUUAAAUAACAUUGAAUCAUAAACGUUGUCCACAUUCAUAUGAAAUAUGCUUCGAAAUUGGCGUUGGUUUAAUGGCCCACAAACCAAACGUUUUGUACGUCGUGUUCGUUUGAAUAUUCUAUUUCAUCCAAAACAUUCGAUUUUGAUUCUAAUCAUAACGAUCGGUUUAAUCUAUGUUCUUUAUCAAUUGUUAUUUUCACCAUUCAUAAGUAAUCAUGAUAGCUAUGAUUCACAAUUAGAAUUAUUGACCAAUAUGAAUAAAUGUGAAUCUAUGAAUCCAUUGGCAAUGCUUGUAUUUGAAACAUUCGUACGACGAAUCAUUAAUACAUUUGAUAUGCUUGAAGUAACAUAUUUUCUUUGCUAUGAAACAUUAUGGUCAACAUUGAAAAGAGCAAAUGGUGAUCAUAAACGUAAAAAUGGAUCAAAAAUUCGAUUGAAAAUAACUGAUGCUUGUUUUAAUCUAUGCAUAUUGAAUGAAGAUCUACAACGUCAUGAUGAAUCUAUUAUUGAACGACGUUUUCGUAAUAAUGGUAUACAAUUACAUUAUAUACAUUCAGAUGGUAUUUAUGUAUUAAAACCAACAACACGAUUAAUUGAUAUGACUAUACCAAGAGAUUUAGAUGCCGAUGGUAUUCGAGAGAAAAAAAUCGAUGAAGAAGAAUUACAUCCAAUUCUAUUCACAAUACAUGCACGAAUACAUGUGUUUGAAAAAGAUUCACAAGAAGAUAUGUAUCGUCGUAUUGGUUGGCGUAGUAGACUAUUACCAUCGACAAUGUGUAAACAAUUACAUUGUUUUCCAACCAAUUUAAUCGAUAAUAAUGAUGAUCAAGUAAUCACAAAUUCUUCAAACAAAAAUGAUCAACAACAACAACAACAACAGAAAUCCAGACAAUCAACAAUGGGACAAUUACCGAAAUUAGAAUAUUUACCAUCAUUAUUUGUUAAUGUACCACGUGAAGGUUUAGAGAUACAAAAAUAUCAUUAUCCGGAUACAUGGUGGACGAUGACCGAUUCAGUUGAUGAAUGUUCAUUAUCAUCAUCAUCAUCAUCAUCAUAAUGAUGACGAUGAUGUGGAAAAUCAUAUGUUGUUGUUCAUUCAU